CACUGCUGCCUAGCAACAAACCUUCGCCAGUUAGCUUGGCUCGCUACUCUCAUGCGCAACGCAGUUGGCGAUGGCUUGCAAAUAGAUAGCGACGCCUUUUUCACCCCGUAAAAGUCACGGAUUUUUUUUUUAGUUGUAGACAAUGAUUGAACUUUGCCUGCCACUUUGAUGCGGAGAACAUUCGACCCGUGCCGCCGUUAGCUGGUUAACGCUAGAUAUCAUUUUUGGGCAAAGCAGAACGUUCUUUUCUCCUGAAAAAAAGUGGCUAACCAUAGCUAGGUAACCUUAGCACCGGGGUGCUAGCGUCUCGCCACGGGGAAGAGAAGAGGAAACCCCGGAGAUAUGUGGUUGUGGUUUGAUUAACUCGUCUGAUGUUGGCGGCCACUGCAUGAGUUGGAAAGUGCGUUUAAAGUUGGUCCAUGUGUUUAUGUCACGUUGCUGAAGCUACCCAGGCAGCAAACGGAGUGAAACGCCCCGACGUCCCCACCAUGUUGGAGGAGGACAUGGAAGUGGCCAUCAAGGUGGUCGUGGUCGGCAACGGGGCCGUUGGCAAGUCCAGUAUGAUCCAACGCUACUGCAAGGGCGUCUUCACCAAGGACUACAAGAAGACCAUCGGCGUGGACUUCCUGGAGAGGCAGAUCAUCGUUAACGACGAAGAGGUGCGACUAAUGCUGUGGGACACGGCCGGGCAGGAGGAGUUUGACGCUAUCACUAAGGCCUACUACCGUGGGGCCCAAGCAUGUGUGCUGGUCUUCUCGACCACAGACCGGGAGUCGUUUCAGGCGAUUGACAGCUGGAGGGAGAAGGUGGAGGCCGAGGUCGGAGAUAUUCCUACAGUCCUAGUGCAGAACAAGAUUGACCUGCUGGAAGACACCGUUAUAAAAAACGAGGAGGCAGAAGCUUCGGCCAAAAGGCUCAAGCUGAGAUUUUAUCGAGCUUCAGUGAAAGAGGACCUCAACGUCAAUGAGGUGUUUAAGUACUUGGCUGAGAAGUAUCUCCAGCGACUCAAACAGCAAACGGCAGAAGAGACCGAAGUGCUGCACUCAACAAGCAAUAAAAUAGGUGUUUUUAAUACCACAACAAGUAGUCAUGUUUGCAACCAGAACUCCAGCAACGGAAGAGAAAUUAUCACUUUGCGACCCAACAAACAACGGACCAAGAAGAGUAAAAAUCCUUUUGGGAGCUGCAGCCUGCUGUAGAUAAAAUUAAAAAAUAAAUAAAAAGAUCAUUGUUGUGUUUUGUGGAGGUAUCCCCUGAGAUAUCCUCCUCUCCACUACUUUAACAAUCUGAUGUUUAAUCUGAUGUGUCCUACGGUGUUUCUUCACAUUUACUCCCUGUUGGUUCAGCCUAGGAUCUUCAUCAAAGAUCUGCUCACAGAGCUUGUCCGUCCCUGUGGUCGCCUUAAGUAACACCACCACCAGCUGUAGCUACAGUACAUGUAUGUAUUCGAUACGACUGGACAUACAAUCCUCUCAUUAGUCUAUGGAACAGCAGACGUUGCACUCGUGUCCUGUGGAAUUUCCUGUACAGGAUUUUUGCAAUCGCCCAUCCCUGUGUUAUUAUGAUAUUUGAACUGUGCAAUAUGUUUGCAUGUAUUGUAGAAGAUACAUAGCUCAUUUUGCACCAUAUUUUUUCCUUCAGCGCGACACGCUUCAAACUCUUCAUACUCUUUAUCGUGGACAAAACACUUUUGAAUCCAGAGUUAAUUCUCCGAGCAAAAGAAAAAGUAUUUUUGUACCAAGUGUUGAGUGAUAUUUUCAGUCAAAAUGUUGACAUAGUGCCAAAUGUCUUCUUUCUGAGCUGCAGUUAAAUUUUAACACUACAGUGAUGUGGAUUUAACAUUAAAUGAAUGGAAUGUGCAUAUCUUUAUAACCAAAUAUCAAUAAUUGUUGACUCAAAAUAAAUCGUCUACUUAUACUCCACAUUCACAGAUCUGUUCAUCCAAUAAUGUGUGCGACUUUUUGAGGUCAAACAUUAAUUGAAAUCACCAUCAGUUAUUCUUUUUACUUUAGUUGUUGACAUUUGAGGUAUUCACUGUGCUUUCAUUAGCUUUGGUAGAGCAUAAAGGAACUCACUGGUAGUCCUCGGCGUAUCUAUGUAUUCGGAUAAUGAGUUUCAAUAUAUUUAAACAUGGUGCAAGACUUUGUUUUUAUGUUGUGGUUUUUGCUUCUGUAACAUUAUUCCUUUCUGUUUUGCAAACCUCAUUCCUAUGGAGAGUGUCUGUCCCUGUGGUGUGGAGCUUUUAGCUUGCAGGAAUAUUCAGUUUCUUCUCAAGACGUGAAAGUACAAUCUUUUAGAAGGUACUAAAAUAUUCUGCAGAUGAAUUCUUAAUACAUCCAGCCUUGUUACAAAUCUGUUGAGACACCAGUCUAUUGAACACACACACACACAGAUGUGGUAAUAUGGAAAGGUCUCAACAUUUCCUUAUCAGUAGUUUACCAGCUAUUCUACAUGCAGUUUCAAUAUGUAAGACCUCUGGGAAUACAUGUUUAUGCACGUUUUUGUAAUCCGUCUGAGGUUCAAACUAACUUUAUUGUGUAAAUCCCAACAGGUGCUUGAAUUAGGUUGCAGUUAUACCAUUGAUACUGAGAUUGCACAUUUCAAGCCUUUUCCUUCAGUUGUCGGUAAACUGUGUUGAAGAAAAAACAAAAUGGUGGCAGAACCGUAAUGCAUGCAAGCCUUUUUUUCCACAUCAGUGAUUGUUCAACUUUGGCCCCAGAGCCACGAAGCCUUGUCCUCGUUUACAUUUCCCCCCACUGACCAUCAGUCAGCAUUUUAAUCCCUACUCUUGCUGUUGGCUUUUUUUAUUCAUAUUGCCUGCACAGUGAAUCUGUAAAUACAUGGAAGUACUUCCCACGGUCCUCUAAUGUACAACAUUGUGUUUGAUUUGCCUUUUUACUUUUUGCCUAAAUGGAUUUAGCGCACUUUAUCGUUAAGAUGGCAUAAGAUCUUAAAGAACUGUAAUUUAAGACUAACCAUACUCAUGUGCUGUCACUCAGGUGUCGUAAUGAUCUCUGUGUCUUACUGUAACUCUACUUUUUCACUCAUUAAAUUCACACAUUUCAAUCGACCAACCAAUGUAUGUAUUCUUUCAGACUUACAAAAUAACAUUAAUUGUUGUAUUUUUCUUUUAACCAGUUAAAAUAGAUCUUGUGUACCACACAAAUGUGCUUCUUAUGUUAUAUUUGGAAAGGAAGGGAAAUUGAUGUUUAUCUUGAUUGAAUCUCAAUAAAACUUUACUUUGUU